CAGUGGUUGAGUGAGGUUGUGCGUCGUGUGCGGUGCGUGUCUGCGUUACACAAACUUCAAUAGCAUUGCUUUUUUCGGUUCAACGACGCACGGCAUUAUGCUGACCCCCCGCACGGUAACCCCCCUCUUCCCCACAACCCCCUGGCUGAAGUUCAUCCUCACUUUAUGGGCUCUGUUGGUGAUUCCCAUGGUGGUUUCCAAUCCGGAACGCGAUCCAUACUCCUUCAGAAAAAUCCUUCUAGAAAAGAAGAACAAUCCUUCAAAGUUUCUACCAGAACCCUUAUCAUUAUCAUCCGAUGUCCACCAGAUAUUAACAGAACCUUCUACACAAAAAGUCAUCCAAGAAUUACCCCCCAACCCAAGUCGAAAUUGGGCUUCAGCUUCCACCAGCCGUGGGAGGGGGAAAAGCAAGGAAAAUUCAACUAAACCUUCUACUAAUCAUAUUAUGGGAACAUCUACUAUGCCCGACCUACCGGAAUCUGUUUCUACGACUACAAAUUACGAUAAACUUUUCAUAUCUGCUUCACCUUCAACGAACACCAGAAAUACGGAGCGAGGUAGACCUUCAACUACUGAUGGAAGUAACGACAAACUUGGGACAAGUCAGAGGAAGUCUCGUACUUCAUCAGCAGCCAGCAUUAAGACAUUUUCUGAUUUAAUUAAUGAGGCACAAUUGGUUCGAACUACUAAGAUAAACAGGUCAUCAAAUGCAACUUCUUUGCUUGCGGUGGAAAAAGAUAAAUCUGGAGCAUCGAAGAAAGUUGUUGAAAUUACGCCAACUUCGACAACUCAGGUGAUGCCAGUUUUCACCAAAUUUCAGUCCACAGUGACAACGCUCGGGAAGACAAAUUUAUUCAUACCAAGCAAUACAAAACAGGUGGCUCCAUAUUCAACCGAUGUUAAAUCGAUCCCGAGUUAUGAUGGCCAAUUUACUUCAUAUAUGUCCAAUGAUCGGGAGAAACCUGGAUCUCAGAGAAAAAUUGCUUCAUCUCACGUAAAAUCGACAACAGCAUUUAUUAAAGCUUCACUUUCUUCCGCGCAUGCGCCUCAAGGGACUAGAACGACAACGAUAUCUAGCAAACCCCAAGGUACCUCCACCCCAGACGUUUCUUCAAGUCGGAGGAACGUUAUGUCCCCUUCAAAAACCAUUUCUCUACCACCCAUGACAGUUCAACUCUUUGCUGACAACCUUCUCGAACCAAACGUAGUGACCUAUGGCCAUCCAGACUAUGAUAAAUUCUCCGCGAAAAAGACUAAAUCCCGAUUCAGCGAUAGUAUGCCCUCUGGAUCAGCCCCUUUGCCUGUUGUGGUCCGACCCCGACUACCCACAGACGAACCCUACCUUCUACCCGACGAAGCGCGGCGACAACCGAAGAUUUCUGCACGAAGAUCGACUUUGACGACAGUUUCGCCAGCGAAACAACGACCCGUACGACAUAACGCACAAAACCCUUACAGUUAUCGCGAACUUUUUGCCGAUGACGAAAGUCCAGACUACCGAAACUCAGCAUCUCCUUCGCGCAGUGAAGCAGAAAAAGACUCGACCAACAUUGGAACGGCCCGAGCAACAGUCCUCCCUCUCCCCGAAGAGGAAAUUGACGACUACGACGAAAAUGCAGAAAAACGACGAGAUUCAUCGAACUUUAAAAUUCAGGCAGCAGCGCACGAGCCACCGGCUUACGACUACGAUUACGACUACCAGCACGCCGUCGACUACCAGACAGAACCUCGCUACAUCCUACCAGACGCAGGUUCUGGAACCCGAAACUUAUACUCCCAGCCGCUGCUAGAGGAGCGCCCCAAGAAAGACGAGAUGGUGAAGACCUCAGAGAAGACCAGCAAGAAGAUGUUCAGCAGUCAGAUGGAGAGGCAGAAGGUCUUCACUACAGACAACAAGAAGAAGACACCGAAAGAUGGCGGUGGCAACAACAAAAUGGAUAAAAGUGUAGCCAAGAUGAUCGAUGGAGGAGCGUCUGUGGUGAUGGGGAACUUGUUACCGGAGGACGCUAAGGACAAGGUGGCGGCCAUCAAGGCGCUUGACGUGGUCUGCACUAAGGACGUCAUGAACGUCACCCUGCAGUUUGACAAGGACUUUGCUGGAGUUAUAUAUAGCAAGGGCCACUUCGGCAACAAGAACUGCACGUACGUGCAGGCCGACAAGAAGAAGGACUUCAACUUCUCGGUGCCGGGGGCGGGACAGUGCGGCACAAAGUUCGUCGAGAUGAAGGACAAGCCUGCCUUCCUCGAGAACAUCCUCAUCGUCCAGAACGAGCCUGGCAUACAGGAGGUGACCGCCGCGCUGGCCGUCAGCAAGAUAGACCAGCAGGUCGUGUCCUUCUCGGCGGACACGCAGGCCACCGCCACCCUCGACAUACAGAACGGGUGUGUGGUGAUGAAGAAGCUCAUGGGCUCCUGGCAGAUCACUAAGAACACAGGGGACAAGAAGAAACCUGUCAUAGCCUUCGCCCACUUCCAGGCAUUCAAGUUUCCCGACCAGAUGGAAGUGAUGAUAGAGUGCCAGGUGGACCUCUGCUCAGGGGACUGUGGGGUGUGUCAGGAGGACAUGAAGAAGACCAUGGACAAGAUGGGUCGUCGUCGAAGAAGAAGAGAGUUAGUCAGAUUUGACAAAAACAGCACCGAAUAUUACGGUGAACUAGAAGAUGGCGCAUCAAGUUUCCAAACUUCAAUUGGCACGCAGGAAGAGGAAGCAUCAAUUCUUGAUCCAGCGAAAUACCAAUUCAGUCAACAACCCAACCCAAAAAUGAUUUCCUCUAGAGACCAACAUAAUGAGAAUCCGAAAGAGAAUUUUAGGCCAAGCCACCAAAAUCAAAGGACCCCAGAAGAAAGUGCACUGAACCCCUCGUUAACCACAGAGAUUUACACUGACCAACGCAUGGGAACGGUACCGGCCGUCCAGUCUGACGAACAAAUUCUCCCUGACCAGUCAAUUGACCCAACCAAAUAUGUGACUGACGGACUGAACACCCAAAAAGGUAACGUUAGAAUUGCUGACGGACUGGUCACCCAAAGAGAGCCGACACCAACACACCCCUUCUCCGUCAAGUCCGCGUCGGAACUGAUGAUGGGCGUAGGCCUGGUGCUCGCUAUGGUUGCAGUUGUCGUACUUCUGGCCGCGUACCUGCGUGUGAGAACCCGCAAAAAGAUCACCGACCAGCCACUGCCAGACGACCAAUCCUUUCAUGCUUUCAGCUCGAUAGUUCUCAGGUGAAUUUCAUUUGAACCAGACUGCUGCGCGUAGAAAAAUGUCUCGAUUUUGAUCGGCACUAAAUUUUAAUUCGUUAAUGUUCACGACGCAAAAAUCAAUAUUUACUAUUAAGUAAAUUCCGGUUUCAUGUUCCUAAACCGUUUCAACGUAUAUUCAUACAUGGUACUUAUUUUAAAAUUGUAGGAACGAGGUGCGUGUUCUGUCUUACUGAUUUCCAAGAAAAACAUUUAAUUUGCAUCGGACAUGAAAAAAGAAUAAAUACAUGAAAUUAUCAGAAAUUGCUGGUGAAGAAGCGAGGGAUUUCGUUGCAAUAUAACUAUGAGUACAGGUUGCAUAUUAAGUAAAUACAACAAUCAAUACAUAUAUUUUUCCACACUGAGAGAAAUGGGUGGGUCUAGAUGACUCACUUGUGGCGUCAGAGCGUUUCGAUUCCAGAAAUGAGUCAUACCUGAAAUAUAAAGGGCGAGCUAUAGUCAUAAUGACCCACAAAUGGGGAAAGUGAGUCAAAAAAGUGCAUCGCUAUUUGGACGCGGUUGACUCAUCUAAGUGGGUCAUACAGACCCACCAAUUUCCCUCAAUGUACUGUACCCAUGAGCCCAAACCCCAUGUCCGGUUAUAGUAUAGUCGAGAUAAAAACUUUAAAAGUUGAUUAAUUUAUAGGCAUCGAAUUGCCAUUAUAGACUCUUGAAUAGGUAGACUUAUAGAGGCUACAGGUCACGAUUUUCAGAAUCUUCAGUCACAAUAUAUAGUGAGUAAAUACUUCUAUAGAGUAUCUACAUAACAGAUGUUUAGUAUAAAUAUUGGGAUAGGAAGAACAAUACAUCUUUAUUUGGCUGAAA